AUGGAGUCUCGUCGAUGUUCCAUGGCAGGCUUGACGGUGCUAGUGCCGAUCCUGGCAUUACUGGCACUCAACGUUGCUGGUAGUGUGCUUGUGACUGUGCCUGCUCGACACCGAAGCUACCUCCUCCCUGCAAUACUGCUCCCAGCUGCAGUCUCACUCACCAUGAGUGAGCACUUGGAGGUCAUCACAGGGCUUUCCGAGAUAUGGGCCCUCAUCACCUUGAUUGCUUUGACGCAUUACGUCUCGCUUCUGUACAUCAGGAAAUGGAAAGUGGAUAUCACUCCCUCUGACGUCCAGCAGCAGAAGCUCAGCAGCGACAAGGCGUCACAGAAGCCGAUCUUCAUCAGAUCGACAGCCAUCCAUGCUGCAACGCCACUCAAAAGCAGACUCAUCUUUCUCCUUCUGCGCUUCUUUACCGUUACCGUCAUCCUCAACGAUGUCGCAAUUCACCCACCUUUUCUCUCACCAUCCCUAAACCCCGACGACUUCUCGCCGUCCAGUGGGCGCACUCUCCUCGCUCGCCUGCUUCUCCGUUCCAGGGAUGCAGCAACAAAAAGAGAAAUCUACAUACGCUCCUGGCUCACAAUCUCCAUGUUCAUGCACCUAAGCCUCGUUCUCGACGCGCUCCACACAAUCUGCGCGAUUGUCUUCAUCUACGUCUCUCGCAUGGACACGCUGCAGGACUGGCCAGACAUGUUUGGCUCGCCGCUCCAGGCGUUCACAUUGGCGAGAUUCUGGGGAAAGUACUGGCAGAGGGUGCAGGUUGUGGCGUAUCGGGACUUUGUGGAUGUACUCCUCCCGAGUCGCAUGCUGAGCAAUCCUGCGGCGCGAAAGGUUGCGAACGUGGUCUUUGCGUUUCUUUUCUCGGCGUUGUUGCACCAGACUGUGGCGGCAGUGCUGUACCCGCAGUGUGCAGGUAUCAAGGACUUGGCGGAUGUGAAGUUCUUUGCGUUAAACGCUGUGGGCGUACUGUUGGAGUGUGGAUUGCUGGCGGGGUUCGAGGAGAUUGGAAGACAUUUUCUUCCGGGAUCGAGUCGCCGACGUGGAGCUGCUCGGCUUCAGGUGCAGCAGGGGUGGCAGGUUGGCAGCGACGUGUAUGGGGCUUUCCAGCGCGCCUCAUGGGAUAUGCCUGGGUGUUUGCAUUCAUGUUCUGUGUACUUCCGGAGGUGUACUUUCCGAGAUUGCACUGCAACCUGA